GCGGUUAAGAAAACAAGACAAAUUCAACGGUUUGAACUGAACUACAGAGCGAGAAAAAAAGACGCAAGAACAGAACAGAACAGAGUAUCAUCACUCAGCAGCGUGCUCAUUCGUUAGCCUCUGUAUCCAGGCAUGGAAAAUGGAGGAAACACACAGAAUGAACCUGCGAGAUUCUGGACUCAAGCAAACGCGCUUCUCAGGAAGAAUUUAACCUACCAGAAGCGAAACGUGAAGACGACGGUUCGCCUAAUCUUGUUCCCUUUCGCGGUGUGUCUGUUGCUGGUGCUCAUUCAAAAGCUGCUUGAUAACCAACUUGACAAGGCUAAAUACACGUGUGGCUGCACGUGUGAAAAUUCACAAGGGGAGGGUCAGUGUGUAGAGGAAGUGUGUGGGAUUGAGUAUUCGGAUUUGGAUCAAGUUAGCACGUGUUCCGUUCCGACCCCUCCCGAAUGGGCUCCUUUGAUGCAAUUUCCCGCUCCGAAAUACCGAGCUGUGAGAACGGAGUUUCUUCCGAAUUCUGAUUUUCCAAAUUCGUCCUGUAGAACCGGUGGCUCGUGCCCGGUUACUAUGUUCUUCACCGGCAAUAACCAGUCACUAGGACAAAUUUUGUAUGGGAAUAUGAUCCCAAGUACCCUUAACAUGAAUAACUCUGAUACUGUGGGUAGUUUGGCAUCAAAUGUCAUGGGAUCAGCAUCCUACACAGAGAACACCAAUUUUCUGGAACCUGCUUUCUAUUCAGAUCUUCCCAUUUAUUAUCUACAAAGCCAGUGCACGCAGCAGAACUCUACAUUCUCCAUUCCUGUCCAAAUAUCAACAACUACCAGGCAGCAAGAGGUAAGAUGUGCUCAAGGUUUACGUUUAUGGCGUAAUAGUUCUUCUGAGGUGAACAGUGAGCUAUUUAAAGGUUAUAGAAAAGGUAACACACAGAGACAGAUCAAUGAGAUAGCUGCAGGUUAUGAUUUUCAAAAUUCAAAUGGGAAUAUAUUUAAUGUCACCAUAUGGUACAACUCAACCUACAAAAAUGACACUGGCUCUAACGCCAUUGCAUUGGCGCGUAUUCCUCGUUCUGUAAAUCUGGUAUCAAAUGCCUACCUUCAAUUUCUGCUGGGGUCUGGUACCAAAAUGUUCUUUGAGUUUGUGAAGGAAAUGCCUAAACCUGAGACUCAAAAUAAGUUUGAUUUGUCUUCUCUUUUGGGUGCUCUCUUCUAUACAUGGAUUAUCCUGCAACUUUUCCCCGUUGUCCUGACAUCGCUAGUUUAUGAGAAACAACAAAAAUUAAGGAUCAUGAUGAAAAUGCAUGGUCUGGGUGAUGGGCCAUAUUGGAUGAUUUCAUAUGGUUAUUUUCUUGCCAUAUCUGUUAUCUACAUCUUGUGUUUCGUGAUAUUUGGCUCAGUCAUAGGGUUGAAAUUCUUCACAAAGAAUGACUACAGUAUCCAAUUCGUGUUUUAUUUCCUCUAUAUAAAUUUACAAAUUUCACUGGCAUUUCUAUUGGCGUCUCUGUUCUCAAAUAUUAAGACAGCUACAGUAAUUGCCUAUAUGGGUGUGUUUGGAACUGGGUUAUUAGGUGGCUUUCUUUUCCAAUUUUUGAUUCAAGAGGAAUCGUUUCCAAGAGGGUGGAUCAUUGUUAUGGAGUUAUAUCCAGGGUUUUCCUUAUUUCGUGGGUUAUAUGAAUUUUCACAAUCUUCCUUCACUGGGGAUGCUUUGGGGACUCAUGGUAUGCGGUGGGGAGAUUUGAGUGAUAGUACAAAUGGCAUGAAAGAGGUCUUUAUUAUCAUAUUCGUGGAGUGGCUUUUGGCUCUUAUUUUCGCUUAUUACAUGGAUCAAGUUUUGACAUCAGGAAGUGGAAAAAGCCCUCUUUUUUUCUUGAAAGGAUUUCAGAAAAAUCGUAGCUCAUCUUUUCGGAAGCUUAGUCUCCAAAGGCAGGAGUCUAAAGUUUUUGUUGAUAUGGAGAAACCUGAUGUUAAUCAAGAGAGGGAGAAGGUGGAGCAGCUAAUACUUGAACCAACUUGUAAUCAUGGAAUUGUAUGUGACAACCUGAGAAAGGUCUAUCCGGCGAGGGAUGGUAACCCAGCGAAAUUCGCAGUGAGAGGAUUGUCCCUUGCUCUACCUCAAGGGGAAUGCUUUGGUAUGCUUGGUCCCAAUGGUGCUGGGAAGACUUCUUUUAUCAACAUGAUGAUUGGUCUCACGAAGCCAUCCUCUGGUACAGCACUUGUUCAAGGUCUUGACAUAAGAACUGAUAUGGGUGGGAUAUAUACUAGUAUGGGUGUAUGCCCACAACAUGACUUGCUGUGGGAUGUUUUGACUGGAAGAGAGCACCUGCUCUUUUAUGGCAGACUUAAAAAUCUUAAAGGUUCAGCCUUAACACAAGCAGUGGAAGAAUCUUUGAAAAGUGUAAAUCUUUUUCACGGAGGAGUUGCUGAUAAACAAGCUGGAAAAUACAGCGGCGGAAUGAAGAGGAGGCUUAGUGUAGCAAUUUCAUUAAUCGGAGAUCCUAGAGUUGUUUAUAUGGAUGAGCCCAGUACUGGAUUAGACCCAGCAUCAAGAAACAGCUUAUGGAAUGUUGUUAAGCGUGCUAAACAAAAUCGCGCAAUCAUUCUCACAACACAUUCCAUGGAAGAGGCAGAAGUCCUAUGUGAUCGGUUGGGAAUAUUUGUAGAUGGUAGCUUGCAGUGCAUAGGAAAUCCAAAGGAGCUGAAAGGCAGGUAUGGAGGAACUUAUGUGUUCACGAUGACAACAUCUGUGAAUCAUGAAAAGGAUGUUGAGAACUUGGUGCAGAAGCUUUCCCCAAAUGCUAACAAGAUUUAUCAUAUCUCUGGUACUCAGAAGUUUGAGUUGCCAAAAGACGAUGUUAGAAUAGGGAGUGUAUUCCAAGCUGUUGAAACUGCAAAGAGAAACUUCACAGUUUCUGCAUGGGGUUUAGCUGACACCACACUGGAAGAUGUCUUCAUUAAGGUUGCACGUGGGGCUAAGGCAUUUGACAUCUUGUCAUAAUUCUAUUCACAUUGUACUGCUAGUCUAAUGUCUAUAUUGGUGAGGGUCUCUAUUGAGUGUCUGCAAUAUUUGUAUGUCGAGUAUCAUUACUGAAAACUUUAUUACUUGUAGAAUAUCACGAGCGUGUACAGCUCUAGGAAUUUUCAUGGUUUCCUUUGUAAUAUUCUUUCUAGAGUUUAGUUUACAUCCAUAAUAUUUUUCCAUGUUUCAUUUUUGGGAGUUUCUUAUUUUAAUUUAUGGAUGAUGUAGAAAAAUAGUGAAUAUUGAUUUGAAGUCAGUGUAAAACUUUUUCAAACA